CUUUUUCCAUCCUUGGAGUAUGUCUGGCUCCGGAGACUGGGAGGGAGGCUGUUGGGUACAAUAGGAUCGAAUAUUUAAUUGGAUGGAAGAGCCCAAAAAGCAAGUUAAGCCAACGUCCUUCGGGUCUAUUGGUACACGGGUCGCCGAUAGAGCUCUCACCGAGUGGUGAGAGUUCGAUUAUCGACUGAUGGUACAUUUCUGGGAGUUGUGAAUAGUGAUUGUGUACGGGUGGUUCCAGUGUCCAUGUGAGUGCGGUCCUGUUCCCACUUGUUUCACCGAGGAGAAGAUGGUGGUAGCAUCAGCUACCUUUCCUCGAGAACACUCUACUUGCAAAAAAUAAAUAAAUAAAUAAAUAAAGGAUGAGGUGUCCAAUAAAUGGCACUUGCCAGAAGCUCAUGGACCCUUCUUUUAUCUUCCGUUCCGUGACCUUCGCUUGCCUUCUCUUCUUUUCUGAUCAUACUUCUCAUUCCUAUAUCAAGUCAUCAAGAUAUCUUCGCCAACAUACCCAACUACCUUACCAUUAGCAGUAGUAGCAACAGCAGAAGUGGAUUUGAUCAUAAGCUUUUAGUAUCCUUGCAGGGUUAAUAUAUAUAUAUAUAUAUAUAUAUAUAUAUAUAUAUAUAUAUACAUUACCAUAUAUAUGGCUCUGGUGGCUCGUUUGUGCAGGAGAAGUAGUAUUAGGAGGAGUUCUCUCCUUCAUGGUGGAUCGUUUUACAAUGCAUACAUGGGAAGCAGUAACACUGCUGGCGAGAAGAGAUCACUGUCAUUAACAGACGAUGCCCGUUCCAUCACAUAUAAUUGUUCACCUUCUUAUUUGGCAUACUACUCAACUGACAGUGACCGGGCAGACCACCGUGCAGGAGAGAUUUCGGUGAAGACUUCCAAUACUCCAACUCGACAUGGUGGGGGUCGUGGACAGAGUCGACGUAGCCUGCUAUGGAGUAACCCUUGGGAUCUUGUUCCCUUUUCUUUCAACAACCGUGGGAGAUUUGGAAAUGUUCUGGAACACAUGUCAGGGAACCUGAACCAGCUUUUCCAGAACCUGGUGCCGUCUCGCAUAUUGGGCCGGCUCAAGGAGGACGACAAACGCUACAAAUUGCAAUAUGAGGUCCCCGGAUUCUCCAAGGAAGACCUGAAGAUCACCAUUGACAAGGGCUUCUUGACAAACUCAGGUGAACACCAGGAGGAAGAGGGAGAUGAGUCUGAUCAUGAUGAUUAUGAUGAGGAGGAGGAGGAUGGGUACUGGCACGGCAGCAGGUAUAGAUGUUAAAUCACAGAGAAUGUUAAAACCAGAAAGUUCAGUAAUCAAUCUGAUAUAAGUUGAGAAAACA